AUGGUGUCCACACAGUAUCAACAAAUUGUUCGAGUUUUCCAGUCUGACAAUGGUGGAGAAUAUAUUAAUGGUCCUAUGCAAGAGUUUAUGAAGUUACAUGGAAUUCGACAUCAGACUUCAAAUACUUAUACUCCUCAGCAAAAUGGAUUGGCAGAGAGGAAAAAUCGGCAGUUGCUUGAAGUUGUCUGUGCCUCUUUGUUUGACAUGAAUGUACCUGUAGAAUAUUGGGGAGAAGCUGUGACAUCUACUGCCCACCUCAUUAAUCGUACCCCUUCUCGGAUUAUUGAUGUGAAAACCCUCUACAACAGCUUCAGAAUCUUCUCUCGAAGAAUUAAAAGAAUUGGAGUAGGAGGAAACAAAAAUCAUGAAAACAACGUCGUACAGCAGCAGACCAACAUUGACCAAAACAGUGGGCCUCGCGUCGUAGUGGCUGAUGGUGUGCCACGUGUCGAACAACAGCGGAUCUCCUCUGAUGCAAUAGAAUGUGAGCCGAGUGAGCCGAGCUGUGAGCCAAACGGAGUGGAAGCCGAGCCACAAUUUCAGCUUGGGUCACGUGUCUGCGUUGAUCCAGUUUUGGGGAGUGAAGCUGUGCCACAUGUCGUGCACAAAGAGGUUGGCACGACUGACGAAGAAGAGAUUGUCAGACUAGAAAAGGCAGGCACGCAGAUAGGGCCACGUGUCGCUCAUGGAUCGGCUAAUUCAAACCGACAAGAACCACAAUUUUCAACUGAUUCGACCACUUGCUCUUCGGAUACUUUUCCCUUUUCUACACCAUCAACCGAAGAAUCUGCUGCAAAUGUCCCUUCUCAGGUAUCUUUAAAUUCAAACCAAUUAUCUGGGGUAGAUAAUAUUGUAACUAGGAAGUCACAGAGGGUUACCAAGGGUAUUCCAAAGAAACAAUAUGAACCAGACAUCAAAGCCAAAGCUAAAUAUCCUAUAGCUAAUUACAUGUCUAACCAUAGGUUGGCUGGAUCAUAUGCUCUUGUCAUUAAUCAAUUAUCCAAUGUUUCUAUUUCUAGUACUAUACAGGAUGCAAUGGCGGAUCCUAAGUGGACUCAAGCAAUGAAUGAAGAACUAUAA